UGUGUCAUUCAUUGCGGCCUUACCGCGUCCUCUGGAUCUGAUGCGCUCUGGGCUCAGGCGAUGGAACGGCUGGCAAUGGCAUUGGCACCGGCCAGGGGGCAUGCGAUGUCAUUGGCUGGCGAGUCACAGUGGGCACCGUGACGCGCGUGCGCCAUGCGAGCUGUGCAUGCGACUCUUGCCUGUGCGCCCCUUGCUGCAAGCCUAGCUCGAAGCUUUUCUUCACUCUAUACAUCUCACCUUUCAACGUCGACGACUGCAUAUCACGUACUCGGGAGAGCAGCAUGAGCCUUAGAGCAGGGAAAGGAGACAGUUCUCAAGGGCCGAACGGUCACGCGAUGGAGACUACCAAGGCGGCCGCCUUGCAGCAAUACCUCGACACAGACGGGCACUUCUCACUCGUUAGAAACUUCCGGCUGGCGGAUCUCAUCACAAUAUCGAAUGGCGUCUGUGCCUCUCUGUCCAUAUUCAUGUCCGCCAACUAUCUUGCUACGAAUGACGAGGACUACCUUUGGUCGGCCCUCAUGUUUCCGUAUCUCGGCCUAACAUUCGACUUCCUGGAUGGGAAGGUUGCGCGGUGGAGGAAUGAGAGCAGCAUGCUUGGACAGGAGUUAGACAGUCUGGCGGAUCUGAUAUCUUUUGGUGUCGCGCCAGCACUACUUGCGUUCGUAGUCGGCCUGCGGACAUACCUGGACACCGUAGUGCUCACGGGGUUCAUCUGCUGCGGCCUAGCACGCUUAGCACGAUUCAACGCUACGGUCGCGUCGGUGCCCAAGGACGCGAAGGGGAAGUCCAAGUACUUCGAGGGCUUGCCCAUCCCAAUGUCUUUGCUUCUCGUCGCCGUUCUCACAUACUGGACGAAGAUGGGGUGGAUUCAUGGCAAGGAGGGCGUCCCCCUCGGCAGCAUCACGCUAUGGGGAGCCAAGGGGGGGAAGGGGGAGGUGCACAUCGUCAGUGCGAUGUUCGGGACGAUGGCGGCGGCCAUGGUCAGCAAGACGCUGCGCAUUCCGAAAGUUUGAAGGGAUGAAAUUACGAAGGACACGUCUGGUCAUGAUCUGUGAUGUACUACACAAUGAAGGGCUGUCUGGGAAGCUGCGACGAGAAACAUGAUAUCCGUAUAUUCAACGUGACCAUGUAAUCACAGCUUGCCUCUACUCUGAAUAUAUCCGACUGCAUUGUGCAGCCUAGGUGCAGCACUA